CGCAGUCGGGCGGUUGCCAGUUAAUGGCCGCCUGGGUAUUUCAUUAUCGGUUACCGAGUUAUUAAACCCGAGCGUAGUCUCCUCCAACCAGAUCGUAGCCAUGGGGAAAUUAAACGUGGUGUUAUUGAGGUACCUGGAGAGAGAUGAUUUCAGAGUGCUGGUUGGGGUCGAAAUGGGAAUGAAGAAUCAUGAAAUUGUUCCACCCAGCCUUAUUGCUUCAAUAUCAAACCUUAAACAUGGUGGAUGCAAUAAAGUCCUGCGUGAAUUGGUAAAACACAAACUAUUGGCAUACGAACGAACAAAAACUGUCCAGGGCUAUCGAUUGACAAAUACUGGAUAUGAUUACCUAGCUCUGAAAACUCUUUCCUCACGAAAUGUCUUUAAUUCUGUUGGAAAUCAAAUGGGUGUUGGCAAAGAAUCAGAUAUUUACAUAGUUGCAAAUGAAGAAGAGCAACAGUUUGCUUUAAAACUGCAUAGAUUGGGUCGCACAUCAUUUCGGAAUUUGAAGAACAAACGUGAUUACCACAAACACAGACAAAAAAUGUCAUGGCUUUAUCUCUCCCGCCUUGCAGCAAUGAAAGAAUAUGCGUACAUGAAGGCAUUAUAUGACCGAGGAUUCCCUGUUCCCAAACCAGUUGACUUCAACAGACAUGCAGUCGUCAUGGAGCUCAUAAAUGGCUACCCCAUGUGCCAAGUUCGUCAGCUUGAUAAUCCUGCAGCAACCUAUAGCGAAUUAAUGGACCUUAUUGUGAAACUUGCUAAUCAUGGUUUAAUUCAUGGUGACUUCAAUGAAUUCAAUUUAAUGUUGGAUGAUGAAGAUCAUGUCACAAUGAUUGAUUUUCCACAGAUGGUAUCUACAUCUCACCUAAAUGCUGAAUGGUAUUUUAACAGAGAUGUAAAAUGUAUUCGUGAUUUUUUUAUCAGGCGCUUUAACUAUGAAAGUGAGCUUUAUCCAACAUUCAAGGACAUCAGGAAAGAGUCUUCACUGGAUGUGGAGAUUGCAGUUAGCGGUUACACCAAAGAGCUCCAAGAAGAUGCUGAGCUGCUAUGUGCUUCAGGCCCUGAAAAGGCAGGUGUCGAAACUGAAUUUUCCGAAGAUGAUUUGGAUGAUGAUGAAAGUAAAUUUUCAAAUAAAACAUCUGUAAACAAGGAUUUCUUUCCUGAAAACAAAACAGAUUCUGAAGAGUGUCCUAAUUCUGAUUGGAGCACGGUUGCAAAAAUAUAUAAGGAAGCUACAGAGAAGAAUGAAAUUGAAAAUAUUAAUCUGGAGAAUCUGAAAAUAAAUGUAGAUGAUAUUAAAAGGCAAUGUACUGAUACGUUUUGUACUGUUGAACUACCUGGAGUUGUUACAGAGCAUAAUCUUGAACAUACCACUGAAACAGCACAUCAUAUAGGCCAGAGUGAUGAAGAUCCCAGAGAUGGAGACGAAUGCCCAGACUUAGUUGAUCUGUCAACCCAAAACAAGGAGUUUAGACCUUUCAGAAAUGAACUCAGCUUGAUGCACAUUAAUGAGCACAGACAGAGGACCACCAGUGUGAGUUCUGAAGGCAGCUUGCUAAGUACUUCAACUAUCCCUCCGAAUGUGAUCAAACGGAAAGUUAAACAACAACUGACCAAACAGCAGAAGGCAUCAAUCAGAAGACGUUUACAGAAGGGGGAGGCCAACAUCUACACCAAACAGCGACGAGAAAACAUGCAGACCAUUAAAUGGAGUGCUGAAGCAGAAAGCUUUUGGGGUUAGAAGGGGCCUGUUGAAAUUUUAGAAUCCCAAGGAAGCUCCAUUAAGAUGAAUACAAUCUCAGAUGAAUCUGUGGAAAAAAAAAAUAAUUUGUGGUGAUUUCUGUGUAUUUGAAUUGAUAAAAUUUCCAGGCUACAUAAAAACAAAUUAUACCACA